CUAGAUUUGGAACUCUUCAGUGCCUGGAAACUACAAAAAGUCUACACAUGCUGUCAUCGGUUUGUCGGCAAGCUUUGGGACAGUUGAAGUUUGGUAGACAGAACAGACAAUUGAUUUUUUGUCCAAAUCGCUUAAUAAGUAAAAAGAUGGCUUCAAGUCCUAAGAGAACAAAACUGGAGGCUGCCGAGAGGGAUGAUGUUUUGUCUCCUCUGAAGAAGUCAGGCUGGACCAUGGUGGAAGGAAGAGAUGCCAUCUAUAAAGAGUUUCUGUUCAAAGACUUCAAUGAGGCCUUUGGUUUCAUGACAAGAGUGGCUAUACAGGCUGACAAAAUGGACCAUCAUCCUGAGUGGUUCAAUGUUUACAAUAAGGUGCAGAUAACUCUGAGCACACAUGACUACAGUGGACUGUCUCAUAGAGAUGUGACUCUAGCCAACUUUAUUGAGAAGUGUGCCAACAAGUGAAACUUAAUUCAACCAAAGCUGACAUCAAAUUCUCAUAGAAUCUCAGAAGCAUUCCAUUGUCAAGUGUUUGUAUGCGUCUUUGUUGUAGAAUGUAUCUAACCUACGUGUUGGUGGUUAAGGGUAGGAAAUAGACUAGUAUGAUUUAACUUGAACAAGUCUGUCCAGAGGAGGUAAAUUUUGAUAUGUGUAUGUGUAGAGUGCCUGGUGCACAAAUGAAAUAGAUAUCUCAUGAUCAUGUUGGACUAGCUGUGAAAACAAACCUGCUACAGUUAUUCUCCAUCAUUGUGAAAAUGUAUGUCUUGUACUUUGAACUAUUGAACAAAAUAAAAAUCAGAAAUUAAUAAA